UCAUCAAAAUCAAACAAAUGGAAGAAAAAAUUAAUCUUAUUAAGAGGUAGACAAUAGACAUUAACAACACCUUCCACAACCACAACAACACCACCACCACCACCACGUAGAUUUCAAAGUUUUGAUUCACAAAAACAACAAACGAGGAAGAAGAUUCAUCCCUAACACAUACACACACAAAUAGAUUCAUUCUUCUUGUCCCUUUCAAACAUAACACCAUGUUUAAAUUCACCAUUUUCAUCUUUUUUACCUUAAUUCUCUUUAUACAACCUUCUUAUUCAGAUUUUCUUUCCAAUAAUCCCAAUUUUGACCCUGACAUUGAUCUCUUCGGCGAUGCAAAGAUUCUCGCUGAUCACUCCGGUAAUGGGACCCACAUUAAACUCACCGACAAAUCUUCUCUCACCGCCGGCCUCCUCCUCCGUCGUCAGCCCAUCACAUUCUCAAACCUCACAUCCUUCUCUGUUGAAUUCACCUUCUCCAUUUCCGGCGACGUCGGCGACGGUCUUCUCUUCAUUCUCAUCCCUCAUGAUCUCGCUGCUGCAUUUCCCGGUAAUGGCUCAUACGGUCUUGAUCCUUCUUCUCCGAUGAAUAGUUACCUCGGCGUCGAAUUUGAUACCUCGAAAGACGACAAUGUUAAUGAUGUUAAUGCAAAUCAUGUUGGAAUUGAUGUUGGGAGUCUUGUAUCUGUUGCUGUUGCGAAUGUUUCUGCGUCGAAUUUGGUUCUUAAUAAUGGUGAAAAGUUGAAAUCUUGGGUUGAUUAUGAUGUUGGGUCACAAUUAUUGGAAGUUAGGUUAAGUAAAUUGAAUGAACCUAAAUCUGAAAAUCCAAUUGUUUCACAUAAUCUUGAUUUGUUUAAGAUUUGGGGUGAUCAAUCUGUUUUUAUGGGUUUGAGUUCUUCAAAUGAUGCUAAUUCUGUUCAAGUUGUUCGUGUUUAUUCAUGGAAGGUUAUUUUGAAAAAUGUUACCGUUACAGUUUCAAAUUCUUCAAAUGAUGCUAAUUCUAAUAAAGAUGAACAGCAACAGCAACAGCAACAGCAAGAAGAAGUAAUAAAGGUUGAUGCCGCGGAGGAGGCGGCAAAAAAAAAGGAUCGUUCUUUGACAUUACUUGCUGGUGUGAUAUUUGGGACAGUUUGUGUUGUGUUGGUGACAUUUGUGAUAUUGUUUAUGUGGGUGAUUUUCUUCCAUAAACAUGAAGAAGAGUCUCUUGCUAAAUUACCUGAAAAUCCUUCUGAUGUAAGAUAUGAAAGGAUUGAUGUUGCUGUUGACAAGAAUGCUGAAGAUCAUGAUGAACAACAACAUUAAUUAGAACAUAGGAGGUGAUGUGUAUUAUUCUUUUGUUUUAGUAGGAAAUUUGUGAUAUUGUUUAUUGUUGUUAUUCUUUUGUGUUUAUAUUUUAUUUAAUGUGGAAAAUUUGUAGAUUCAUUCAUUGUAAACCAAUCUUGUAAAAUAUUUGUACCUCCUGAUUGGAUACCACUUUUCAUUCAUCAAAAUCUUGUUUAUUAAUAUUUGUUCCUUUGCAGCAUGAAUUUGGUAUGCAUGCAUUUGAUAUAUGGAGUUUGGUAUUUCCCCAACAUUAUGAAUUGUUGUGGCUGAUGGGACGACUAGGUUUAAUGUUGAGUAGGAUGGGUGAGUGAGGGUGUGGGUAUGUGGUUCUUUUGUUUUUGUUGUACUUUUGGGGCAAUUUGUUUACUUAAGGGAUGUAAUUGGUAUCGGUGGAAUUAGUUGUUUACGCUAGUUUAUUUUUUUUCUUUGUGACGUACUUA